AUGAACCUUUCCGGAUGGUUCACAGUUAGUGUCGCUUCAGUUGUUAAUAGCCAACCUGGAGACUGGGCUAUUUGUCGAAGAAAUGUAAAUCAGGCUGGUUUUCGUUUAGGGUCAGGCUCGCUUUCUGCUGCCACCAAUGUAGCACCCGGACGCCUCCCCUUGAUGAGACAAGUCAUAACACUAGGGCAGAAGGUGAAUCGCAGACGUACAGAAGGGAUAGGGGCUACCGGAAUGGUCCCAAAGCCACGCCGCUGGACCAAGUCUAAUAGCUCUGCCCUUCUCCUCUCGCGUGACCAAAGUAAAGAGCCAAACAAUCAAAGUAUCACGGUACUUCGAAACACGGAUUACUUAUUGUACACACUGCCACCACCCUUCUUGGAGAACAAGAUAAGAUUUAUUUACCAGCUUUAA